AUGGCACCAUUCGCCAGAAAAUACUUCCUGAAGGUCCAAACCAAAGCUGCAACUGGCAGCCGUCACGGCGAUCGCUUCAACUGCAAAAGGCUGAUUCUUAACCGUGUAGUCAGGCUGAUCAACGAAAUGAGGGAGAUCAAGAUCCAGUCUCUGCGUGAUUGUACGCACUCGUUCAAGGACGGCGCAUGGUGUGAAUUUCUGGCGUUCCUUAGAUAUAUUGUACCGUACCUGUGUACAAGUUCAAGGUUGCACCCUGCUUGGUUGGCGCUGGCCCACGCCCUCAGGUCACGCCAGCGCCCUAAGGAACUUAGCACGGCAGACACACUGGAAUCUAUGUCGCGACUACCUAUGCACAAGACUGGCGAUGCUUCGAGUGUAUAUGAUAACGGCACGAGAACAUCGAGCCCAUGUCCCUACUAG